AUGAAUUUUUUCCGUUUUUCCAGAUGGGAACCUAAAAUUAGAAUAAGACAAAGAAUAACAUGGCAAAGAGGCCUUAGUGAAAUAUCGAAAUCAUCGGAUGAUGUUAUUGUGAAUGAAGAUGGUGUUUCUAUAAAUCAUAUAGAAAAGUUAUGUAAAAAAAAAGAUGGGAGUAUUUCUGAUAAAGUUUAUGGAAUACCACUACAUGAUGCAAAAGAGUUAUUUGUAGAAUUAACAGAUAGAAUACUUUUCAAUGAUUACGAAAAACAUGUAAAAACAGAAAAGGAUAUAUCUUCCUCAACAUAUCAGACUUUAAAAUAUAUGCAAAAAAAAAUACAUAAAAAAGUUAAUAUUUUAGUUAAUGAAACAAAAACAUUUAUAAAUGAAUUAUUUGAAAAUUAUGAUUUACUACAUGACAAAAAUAUAGAGGAACUGUCAAAUGUAAAAGUAUGCUUAGAUGUUAAUGGUGACAAUGAAUUUUUAUUAAUAAAUGGUAGAGAUGUAUAUUUCUAUAUUAAGGAUGUGAAAUUUACUAGGAAUAUUCCACUUAAUAUAGAAAGUAGUUUGGAAAAAAUGAAUGAAAUAUAUGUACAUAAUGAAAAGAUAUUUUCUGAAUAUGUAAAAAAAGUUUUUAAACUUGAAGAAGACAUUAAAACUUAUUUAGGAACAGGUGGAAAUAGAUUUCCAUUAAAUUAUACUCAUUGGAAUAAUAGAUAUAUAAAUAUUACGCAAAAUGUUGCAGUGAGAGCUUUUAUGGAUGAGUUUUAUAAUUAUUUUAAUAAUAUAGAGAUGAAAUUAAAACAUGGUUUUUCUACUAUUAUAGAAAUUGAUAUUUCGUAUUUAGACAGUAUGCUAGUAGCUAUAAAUGACAUAAUAAAAGCAACGAUAGAACAGAAAACGACUAGACUUUUUGGAAUAUUACAUAAAUUAUUUCAAGGUGAUUUAAAAGGCAUUUUAGGCUUUUUUACUUUCCUUUUUGAAAAGGAGGAUAUAAAAAAUGCCAAUACUUUACGUAAUAUAGAAAAGAAAAAAUCAGAGGAUGCGUAUGAUAAUAAUUUUUUAUUUGAUGUUGAAAAUUUAUAUGUAGAAGAAAAAAAUGAUAUAAAAAAUUCGUUUAUUAAAUUUUGUACAUUUAUAAAAAGAAAUUUUGGGUUUAAUAUACAAAGUAAAGGUAUACAAUCAUUAAAAAAAAAAAUUGACUUAUCAAAUGAUAAGACUGAAAUUAUAAAACAAUUUAAAAUUAUUGUACACGAAUUGUUGUGUAGAAAACAAAUAAAUAAAUAUUUUGAAUGGUUAAAUUUAUUAAAGAAAAGUAAUAAUACUAUGAGAUGUUAUAUGAGAAAAUUUUUUGGAUGUGUUACACCUAAAAAUGACUCUAUUCUUAUUGAAAAUAGGAAACUGAUACCAUUAAUAACUAAUUUUUUUGAAAUUAGAGAAAAAAAUUAUUAUACUUUUAAAAAAGAGGAUAGUGAAGAAGAUAUUCUGCUUAUAAUAAAAGACUUAAAAAAAACUUUACACAAAUAUAGAAUUUCGGUCAAAUUAUUGCAUUUAUUAGUAGAUGAAUUACAAGUUGCAAAAAUUCUUAAUUCGGAAUAUGAAAAUGAAAGGAUGUUAUACAAAUCACUGGAGGAGGAAAAAAGAAAGGCUCUAGAAAAUUACAAAAAGGAAACGGGGAAAGGUAUAGAAACCGCGAAAGGGUGCAAAGAAGCCAUGGGAAAGAGGGGCGGACUUAUGGAAGGGAAACGGAUGGUAGAAGGAUAUGCAGUAUCGAUGGAAAAUAAUGAAAAGGAUAUAAUAAAUAAUGGAACGCAUAUAGAACGAUACGAAAUGAAGGAAAAAGAGAAAUUAAAGAUACUUGAAGCGAAAAAGGUUGCAAUUGAUGAAAAUAAAAAUGCUAUUUUGUUUUAUAUGUGUUUAAUUAAAGAUUUUAAACUUUAG